GUCAAAACUCAAGCCGGAAAGAGCCAACAAUGUUCAAAACUGCAUCGAUUAUUUUACUGCUAUCCCUGGCUGCUGGGGCCUGGGCAGCGCCUCAAGCACGUAUUGUGGGUGGCCGUGAGGUGGACAUUGCCAAACAUCCAUAUUUGGUGUCGAUACGCUACAGAUCCACUGCCAAUGAUUCCUACAUUCACAAAUGUGCCGGUGCUAUUUAUUCGGCAAGGGCGGUCAUCACGGCUGCCCAGUGUGUGGUCGACAUUCAGCCGGAAGAAAAGGUAAUGGUUGUGGCUGGGGCCAAUACCCGUCUGGGUUAUGAUGGCAUGCCUUAUCCCGCCUUGAAAUGGAUUCACCACACCAGCUAUUCCGAGUGGACAGUGGACUAUGACAUUGCCGUAAUUAUCAUCGAUGAUACCUUUGACUUCAACCAUACUCUGAUAAAACCACUGCCGAUACGUGAAUCCCGUCCCGCAAAUGGCCGUUUGAUGACCGUUACCGGUUGGGGUUAUCAGGAGGAGAGUGGUCCAUCCACCAGAACCCUGGAAGAAGUUGAUGUGCCCGUAGUCGGUAAUGAUGAGUGCGGCAGUUUGCAUGGCGCUGGUGAAAUAACGGAACGCAUGAUUUGUGCCGGCUAUCUGAGCGGUGGCAAGGAUUCAUGCCAUGGCGAUACUGGCGGUCCUUUGGUUUACAAUUCCGAGUUGGUGGGUUUGGUUUCGUGGGGCCGUGGUUGUGCUCGCCCCAAUUUGCCGGGAGUUUAUACAUAUGUGGCCAGUUUAAAGACAUGGGUUGAGGACACCAUUGCCGCUAAUUUGUUUGAACGUAAAAAUUUCCCCACUGAAGACCUCUGGAGGGCGAGACGGAAAAAGACAACCAAAAGAAAAAGAAGAGAAAAGAUGAAGAAUUGUAUCAGCCUAUUGGCCUUUGUGGUGACCUUGCAGCUGGUUUCAUCUAGCAAUGCUGGCAAGGUCGAACGUUUGGUGGGAGGCAAUGUUGUGGAGUCACAUAUAACCCAAUUCCCCUAUGAAGUAUCGGUGAGACGCCGCUUCUGUGAUGCCUGUGCCUAUGAACAUUACUGCAGUGGCACAAUUUUGUCCAGCAAAGUGGUGAUAACUGCCCGUUCCUGUCUGCAGGAUGCUGUGCCACAACGCACUCAGGUUGUGGCUUCUACCAGCAAACGUUCGGCCUCGGGCCAAGAUGGCCAAGUGUAUUUGGUCGAGGGUUUCGUUGAACACAAACACGCCGACAUUGCUUUGAUCCACCUAGCCCUGGAGUUGGUCUUCAAUGAGUUGAGCAUAGUGCCCGUUACACUGGCCACUGAACUGCCAGCGAAAGGUACUAAGGCUUUGGUGGCCGGCUGGGGUCAAUUGUCGGAAUUCGAAGCUAAUUUCGAUGAUGGCUUGAAAGCUGUAGAGGUGCCGAUUAUGGAUUUGACUGAAUGCCGCAAAGCAUAUUUCUGGACCGAAGUUAAGGAUUGGGAAUUUUGUGCCGGCUAUUUGCAAGGUGGUGUUGACGCAUGCCAGGGUGAUGCUGGCAGUCCAUUGAUGAUGGAUGACCAAAUGGUAGGUAUCGUUUCCUGGGGCUAUGGCUGUGCUCGUCGCGGCAGUCCUGGUGUCUACACCAAUACACCGGAGAAAUCGGCACGAGCACAGCCAACACCCCAGGAAACAAUACCGACCAAUUCACCGUUGGCAACCAAUGGACCGCCAGAGUCACCUUGGCAAGCAUCCUUACCGCCAUUUUCAACAGCAGCGCACAACAUAACAUUGGUGAUUUCGUUGAUGCCAGCAUAUUGGCUAUUGCACACAUCUCUGGCGACAAUCAAAACCUCGGUCUUUUGCAAAAUCGAGGCAGAAGCACCAUCUUCCUCGGUGGUACCCCAGCCAGUGACAACAGCAACGGUGGUGGGUUCAGGUUCAGCGGAGGCCAAUGGGAUGGGUUGGGCGGUGGCACUGAAUGGAAUAUCCGAAGACAAGAAGAUCAAGGCAACAUCAUUGUUGAUCGAAGAGGAAUCAACCACCAACCUUGGUUACACCAUAUUGAAUGCUGUAGGAACUGGCACCCAAGAAACUGUAGAUGCAAUGGGCAGCAGUUACAACCACACGAGAUUUCUUGCUGAGUUGAGAGAAGACAACAUGUAUCGCAGCGCAUUCGUUUUAUUGGCCUUGAUGGCUGCCUCUGCUAUGGGCAGUAUCAUUAUGCCACGUCUGAUUCCCGAUUUGGAGGGUCGUGUUGUAGGCGGUGAGGAUACAACCAUCGAUCAAUACCCCUAUCAGGUAUCUGUACGCCUUUUGGGUUCCCAUGUGUGCGGUGGUAGCAUCUACAACUCCCGCGUUGUUGUAACUGCUGCCCAUUGCAUCUAUAGCUUCUUGGGUGCCAGUUCCUACAGCAUUCAAUAUGGUGUAACCAAGGUUGGUGGUUCUAACAAUGUCAUCGGUGCCCAACGCAUUGUCAAGAACGAGAAAUACGAUUCCUCUUCGAUCAACAAUGAUGUUGCCUUGAUCUUCUUGUCUUCGGAUAUUCCAUUCAGUGCCACUGCCCAACCCAUCCCAUUGGCCUCUGCUGAACCUGAACCCACCACCGUUGCUGUUGUCACUGGCUGGGGUACCACCGAGGAAGAUGGUGCUUCUGCCUCGAUUUUGCAAAAAACCGAGGUUUUGAUUGUCGCCAGAGAUGUGUGCAAUAGCCAAUAUGCUGGCAUCAACGAAAUCACCAAUGUUAUGUUGUGCGCUGCUGUUGAAAAUGGCGGUAAGGAUGCUUGCCAAGGUGACUCGGGCGGUCCAUUGGUUGCCAACGGUGAAUUGGUCGGUAUUGUUUCCUGGGGUGUUGGCUGUGCUCGUGCCGAUUUCUCCGGUGUCUACAGCAAUGUUGCCGAAUUGAGAGAUUGGAUUGAGUCCAAUUUGGCUUAAAUUUAAUUUUUUUUGGAAUAAAUCUUUUACAAUAAUAGCUAAAGAAGAAA